AUGGCAGAUCCUAAUGGGGCAGAGCAGAUAGCAUCAUUAGUAAUUUCAUCAAAAGAUGCUUCACCAGGUGGCACAGAUUGUGGAGAGUAUGUUCCAGACAAAUUUUGCUCCAUUAUUAAUUUUGUUUCAUCAAAUGUUUAUGAUUACAUUGAAGAGUGUGAUUCCUAUGAAAGUGUAAUUGAAACCCUAGAAAACUUAUAUAUAAAAACCCCUAAUGAAAUUUUUGCAAGGCAUCAAUUACUUGCAAGGCAUCAAACAUCGAGUGAAUCCUUAGAAGACUUUCUUCAGGAACUACGUAAACUCAAUAAAAACUGUAAUUACAAGGAUGUUUCAGCUGAACAAUAUCGAGAGGAACAAAUAAGAGAUGCUUUUAUUUCUGGAAUAAAUUCGUAUUACAUUCGUCAACGACUUCUUGAAAAUUCAACAUUGAUUUUGCAAUCAGCAUUUAACCAAGCUCGUUCUCUUGACAUUGCACAAAGAAACUCAGAUUCUUAUAUGCAGAAAACAUCCUCCUUUUCCUCCAAUUUAAAUAUUGUUGCCGCUAUAAAAUUACCAGAAGAACCCUCAGCAGCACUCAAUGCUAUGACUAUUAAUCCUCAAACAAAAUGCAUUUAUUGUGGUAAUCAAUCUCACAACCAACGUAAUCAAAUCUCUGCUACCUGUUUUAGAUGUGGAAAAAAAAGUCAUUUUUCCAAAGUUUUGUCUUGGCAGGCCGAUGAAUAUAACCCAUAG